AUGGCGUCUACCACAUCACAAUCCACCACAUCUAGGAGGUCAAAGGAUUCUGACCGAAUAGGCAGUUUUCAGCGCCAUGAAGAGAUUGGGCGAGGUAGUUUUGCAACGGUGUACAAGGCCGUUCACACUAGUUCCUCCGGUAGCCAGAGCAUCGUUGCCAUCAAAUCUGUAAACAUGUCGAAGCUUAACAAGAAACUAAAAGACAACCUCACGUCCGAGAUCUCGAUCCUGAAAGGACUCCAUCAUCCACAUAUCGUUGCCCUCAUCGACUGCAAAGAAUCAAGCGCUCACAUACAUCUGGUGAUGGAAUAUGUAGCCCUGGGAGACCUCUCACAUUUCAUCAAGAGACGGGAUCAAAUCAAGGAUAGCGAGUUGGUGGGCAAUACGAUGAUCAAAUAUCCGAACCCUAGACAUGGCGGUCUAAAUGAGGUCCUGUCAAGGCACUUUCUACAACAGCUUGCGAGUGCCCUGCAGUUCUUGCGAGCCCGAGAUCUCAUUCACCGCGAUGUGAAGCCACAGAACCUACUUCUCAAUCCGUCACCUGUCUACUUCGAAACACACCACCCUCGCCCGAUGCCAUAUCAGCCCAGUCAAGACGCUCUGAGCCCGGUCUGUGGCAUUCGAUCACUUCCGAUGCUGAAGAUUGCAGACUUCGGGUUCGCUAGAUCUUUACCGUCUACCGCACUGGCUGAGACCUUGUGUGGCUCUCCUCUGUACAUGGCACCUGAGAUAUUGCGCUAUGAGAAGUACGAUGCUACAGCCGACCUUUGGUCGGUUGGAACAGUGUUGUACGAAAUGGUCACUGCACGGCCUCCUUUCAGAGCUUCCAAUCAUGUGGAAUUGCUUCGAAAGAUUGAAAAGAGUGAAGACAAGAUCAAAUUCGGAGAAGAGAUCCAAGUCUCGGAGGAGAUGAAAAAGCUCAUUCGGUCGUUACUUAGAAGGGACCCGAAAGAACGUUUGACAUUUCCAGAGUUCUUCAGCAAUGAGAUCAUCACGGGACCUAUCCCAGGCUUGCACCCUGAGGAUAUGCCUGAAGAUCCCCAACAACCGGAGGCGGACCGUCGGCGAAACAGUCGGACAGAUCCUACAGGCAUUGCUCGUCCAAGUUCAAGGAAGGACCCUGAGAGCCCUUAUGGCGAUUCCACCAGACUUACUUCGGCGGAAAAUUUGCCACGUAGAUAUUCUGUGACCCGCCGGACCUCAGCAACUAAGGAUCAGCUUACGACCUUAAGACGACCUUCCAAUGAGCGUGGCUCUGGCGGCGCCUCUCCAACUAGUCCCAAGGAACCUCGACCAGCACUACAUCCACAUGCCACUGCGCCUGGAAGACAAGAGCUGGUUUCUCGGCCAUCUUCGUCUCCUAUGGUUCGUCAGUCGAGUGCAGGUUCGCACAAGUUACCUCCAUCAUCAUUGCGGGAACAAGUUUACGAUGAAAGCCAAGAACUUGCUUUGCGCAAGCAACAAGAAGAGAAAGAGAGAGAGCGUGUAGCUCAAGAUAUUGCGUUCGAAAGGGACUACGUCUUGGUCGAGAAGAAAGCCGUGGAAGUCAAUGCCUUAGCCGACGAGAUUGAUGCGAUUCCCAGGAUGAACAGAAACACAGCGGCAUCACCGAAAUCCGGUGCAAUGGUCCGUAGAGCAACCACUCAAGGUCCGCCUGGUUCCGCGACAGGGGCACAAACUAGUGCCUCUCGAGCUGUUCAGAUCGCGUCUGGUAGGCGUCCAGACGCCCUACAUAACCGGCAGAGUUCGUAUGAGAGACGAUAUGGUCCCAGUCCCAGCUCAGCAACGUCGGCCAUCUCGAAGGCUCUAAAUAUGGCAAGCGGUCGUCUUUUCGGAGUUGGAUUCUCUCCACCCGUGAACUUCAUGCGUGGCGGCAAAUCUCCGCCGAUUAAUUACAGCCCAUUUCCAGCAUAUCCAGGUGCUCAAAGCAGCCUGAUUGUGCUCGGAGAUUCCUCCAAAACCCCAGCGGCCACUGAUGAGGAUGCAAAGUUUGUACACCUCGUUGAGGAGAUUGCGACUCGAAGCGAUGUCGUCUACGGCUUCGCUGAAGUCAAGUACAAACAGCUUACUCCGGCUAUCCCUUCCCAGCCAGGACUCGGUUUGCGAAAUGCGUCCGAUGCUACCAGUCAAGAUAGUCGAUUUAGUGCAUCCAACGAAGACCUUACCGUGGAAGCUACAGUAAUUGUCGCAGAAGAAGCACUCGUACUCUAUGUCAAGGCAUUGGGGCUACUCGCCAAAGCCAUGGACAUUGCAGCACGCUGGUGGAAUCGCAAGAACCGUACCGAGGCAGUAGACGACACUGCCUACCGUUCCUCAGUGACUGCAAGCCAGCGGAUGAACAAUGUUGUCCAAUGGAUCAGAGGUCGAUUCAAUGAAGUUCUUGAGAAAGCCGACUUGGUCCGACUUAAACUUGUUGACAACCAACGUCGACUACCCGAAGACCACCCCAGCCAUCCCAACAACAUUUCUACCGCGACCGCUUCAAGUACUGGUAUGGGCACUUCAGCCGAUCAGGUUGUUGUGAGCUCUGGAAUUACGGCUGAGAAACUCAUGUACGACCGCGCCUUGGAAAUGAGUCGAGCUGCCGCAAUCAAUGAGUUGACCAACGAGGAUCUUCCCGGCUGCGAGAUCUCGUAUGUCACGGCAAUCCGCAUGCUCGAGGCAGUACUAGAGAGCGACGAAGACGCCAUGCCUAGGCAUCUUGGUAGUACGAGCGACCAAGAUGAGAAAGCCGACUCAGCACCGAUCAACGGUUUAGAAGCGGAAGACCGUAAGACGGUGAAGAACUUAGUUCAUAGUAUUCGCGGACGACUCACCGUUAUCAGACGUAAACUACAGGUUGUCCAGAAGCGAUCAUCUGCUCCGCUGCUAUCCUCGCCCGGCAGAGCCUCUCCGCCACAGCUCAAUCGAGGCAGUCUUCCCACGGCUACCCUCAUUACGCCAUCACGUUGA